GUAGAGGCUCGAUAGGUGACCAUAAAAGAGGAGAGCUAAGUACCAUGGUUCCUGAAGAAAGAAUGAAGACAGAGGCCACUCACAAGGCAAUAGCAACAGGUGGCAAGAUGACGGUGCUCCAUUCUCCAGUUGGAGUGAGGAGCAUCGUGACCUCCUUGGUGGCUUUCUUCAUCUUGGCUAGCUCCAUCGUCUUCCUCCUUGACAGAGGCCAGGAACAGCAAGUGCAAAUGGCAGUCGAGCAUGGACGCCAAGAAGUGCAGGGGGACGCCAGCAACGAGGAGUGCAACUGGUCGAGGGGGCGGUGGGUGUACGACAACGUGUCCCGGCCAUUGUACAACGGGCUCAAGUGCGCCUUCAUCUUCCCCGAGGUGGCCUGUGACAAGUAUGGCAGGAAGGAUGUCAUGUAUCAGCACUGGAGAUGGCAGCCUCAUGGAUGCGACCUCCCAAGAUUUGAUGCCAUCAAGCUGCUUGAAAAGCUGAGGAACAAGAGAUUGGUGUUUGUGGGUGACUCAGUCAACAGGAACCAAUGGGUGUCUCUCGUGUGCAUGGUGGAGGCCUCAAUACCUGAUGACAGGCUCAAGAUACGCAUCUUCAAUGGCUCACUCAUCUCCUUCAAGGCAUUGGAAUACAAUGCAACAAUAGAUUUCUACUGGUCGCCACUACUGGUGGAGUCUAAUAGCGACAACCCCAUUAUCCACCGGGUGGAGUACCGAAUUAUAAGGGCAGACAGAAUUGAGAAGCAUGCCAGUGUCUGGAGGGAUGCUGACAUCAUAGUCUUCAAUUCUUACCUGUGGUGGAGGAAGCAGAAGGAUGACAUGAGGAUGAAGGUCAUGUAUGGCUCAUUUGAAGAUGGUGAUGCAAAAUUAGAUGAAAUGGAAAUGGUCGAUGGUUUCGAGAUAGCUCUCAAGAAACUAACCGAAUGGCUUGGAGAGAAUAUUGACAGGAACAAGACUAGGAUCUUUUUUGCAGGAUCGUCACCAACACAUUCCUGGGCUAGCAACUGGGGUGGAGAAGACAAGAACAAAUGUCUUAAUGAAACGGAGCCAAUCUACAAAAAAGGUUACAAAGCUGCAACUACGGACUACAGCUUGAUGGCCACGGCCAAGUCCUAUUUCCGAACAUUGGAGCCAAAAGGCAUACAUGUUCAGAUACUGAACAUCACUGAACUGUCUGACUACCGCAAGGACGGGCAUCCUACGGUGUACAGGAAACAAUUUGUUCCUCUAACGAAGGAGCAAAUUGCAGACCCAGCCAGUUAUGCAGAUUGCACACAUUGGUGCCUCCCCGGAGUUCCUGAUGUGUGGAACGAGUUUUUAUAUGGCUACCUCGUGCACAAAUGAUGUACAAAAUGCAUCUGACAGGGCAACAUAUUUCUGCAAAUCUCAAAGAAAUGUAGCAUGGCAAAGAACACCAAUGUCCUGGAAUCCUGGAUGUCUCUGAAAUGGAUUCAGUUCAUCCAGACCGGCAGGCAGGCGAGGAAGAAAAGCAGGACAUUUGACCGGUGGGUAAGGAGAGGAGCAACCUGAGCAAAAAGUGCUAUUCCACGUUGUCGCUGGCCCGCCGCGCGCAGUAGCAGCAGCAGCAGCAGCAUACGGAACCCGUGGAGGGAGCACGACGCCAUCGCCGCGCGCAGGCCCACAUCGAAACGCGCCACCAUGGCCACUGGUCACCGCCGGCGGCCGCCGCAACUCGGCAAAGCUUACGGGCUACGGGUGGAUGCCGUGACAUUUGACAGACGAAGCCCAAAUUAAUUGGGCCUCAGCAGUUACAAGACGAGCAGCCCAUAUAUGGGAGGGUACCGUACAUUCACAUGGAUUGCGAGAGAGAGAGAGAGAGAGCUAUAUUGCGAGAAUGUGCAUAUGUAACGGUAAACUAUAGAAAAUGUCUUAUUUAUUUAUUUAUUAUUAAUGAGGGAGUUAUCACCGUGUUUAGU